AUGCGGGCCUUCGAGGGAUACCUGCGCAAGCGCUUUGACGAAACGGCCCCCGUGCGCCUCAAGGACGUGGGCUCUGUGGAAGCUUUCUGGGACUACCACAACGCGUCCUUUAUGCCUGCUGUCUACGGGCAAGACUUGGCCAAGUACUCGUACCCUGGGGCAACGAUCCCCACCUGGCUGCAGAUCGAUGGGCCCAACUACCUCUAUGGCCUGGGUCGGAUGAGGGCAAUGAACGUGAAGCCCAACUUAGGGUGCAAGGUCGCCGAGCAAUUCAGCAGCUACUUCCCCACUUGCUAUGGACCUUUCAGCCCAGAGGCGUUGGAUCGAGAUGCAUUUGGCCCCAUGAACGGCGAGGGCGUGCCUUCCUUCUUCUUCACGCCGGACGCCAAUGGCGAGGAGUACGAGGGCAUCCUGGCCAGAUAUCCCACGGGAGGAUACACCGAGAUUUACACGCCGGACUACCUUACGACAAAUUCCAAGUUCCAGGUGAUGCGGGAUGAUGGCUUCGUGAGCGAGAAGACCAGGGCACUGUUCUUGGAAGCUUCGCGUGUAUCGCAAACAG